CGGCGCUCGCAGCGGUGUAUUGUGGGAUCCCGGCCGCCGCCAGCAGCGAGCACACACAAUAUGUGGUGGCUCGCGAAAACGGGAGGCAGGAGCCUGGCGGGCAGCCCGCGCCGGUAACCGGCCCCAUGUGAGACGGGAGCUCGCCUUUCGCCGCCCGGAGACGAUCGGCCGCCCAGCGCGAUGUCUUUCCGAGAGACCAAGGCGGGGGAAAAAGCCAAGCACCCUGAAGAUCAUGGCAAAAAGCAGAGUUCAAGUUGGAUCAACGGAAUGGAGAACAGUACGCAAGCCAGCACUUCUGUCGAGAAAAGAAAUCACCAUUGGAGAAGUUACAAGUUGAUUAUUGACCCGGCUCUGAAAAAAGGACAGCACAAACUCUACCGUUACGAUGGGCAACAUUUCAGCAUGCCUAACUCGGGAAUCGCUCCUGUGGAUUGUGUCAGGGAUCCCAGAAUAGGGCGAAUAUGGACCAAAACUAAGGAGUUGGAGCUGUCUGUCCCCAAAUUCAAGAUUGAUGAAUUUUACGUGGGGCCAGUGCCUCCCAAGCAGGUCACCUUUGCCAAGCUGAACGACAACAUCCGCGAAAACUUUUUGGCCGACAUGUGCAAGAAAUACGGAGAAGUGGAAGAGGUGGAGAUUCUCUACAACCCCAAGAACAAGAAGCACCUGGGCAUUGCCAAAGUCAUCUUUGCCACUGUCAAGGGUGCCCGGGAGGCUGUCCAGCACCUUCACAACACCUCUGUCAUGGGCAACAUCAUUCACGUGGAGCUGGAUACGAAAGGUGAGACCCGCAUGCGAUUCUAUGAACUGCUCGUUAAUGGUCUUUACACUCCUCAGACCCUCCCUGUAGGCACCGAACAGGACGUGUCCCCAACUGGGAAUGAAGCUCUCCAGUUGACGGAUUCCCUGAAGCGCCUGAAAGACAGUAACCUUUCUUCCACGGGCUCCUCUGUUACCCCAAACAGCAGCACGCCCUUCUCCCACGACACAGCCUAUUCCAGCUGUCGGCAAGACACCCCGAACUCGUACAGCCAAUUCACCCCGCAGUCCCAAGGAACACCUCACACCCCACGGUUAGGGACGCCGUUUUCCCAGGAUUCCACCUAUUCCAGCCGUCAGACAACGCCUGUGUACCAUUUUGGGCAGGACAGUGGGUACAAACCCAGGAGACAUGAAACAAAAUUUACGGAUGCCUACAACCGCCGCCCGGGACAUCAACAUCACUACGUGCACAACUCGGCGGGUGUGUUCCGAGGCACGGAGCAUCAGUUCAGUACGUACAAAUCCCAUCAGCAGGAGCCAGUUCAGUUCUCUCACACUCCUCCCCUGAGCCACUCUAGUUCUUCGAGCUACAAAUCUGCCUUCUCUCCCUACCAACCACCAGCUGUAUUUCCCCAAUCCGAUGAGCAGCAGUUUCCCCAAACUUCCAGGGAAACAGAGUACCGGAGACCUGCGCCCCCUCCCACCGAGAUGGUUGUGGAAAGCAGUGCUGCCCCUAGCAUCGAUUUUGUCCCAGUGAAGGAGAAACCAGAGGAGCCUCCGCCCUUGCCCGACUCGAACUCUGUUCCUGAACCGAGCACAGCAUCCUUCUCUCAGACUCCAGAGAGGAGCGAGACCCCUGGCACCCCCACCAUGGAGUCUGAAAUGCAGCAUAACAGUUUAGACUCAAGGAUUGAGAUGCUCUUGAAAGAGCAGAGAACAAAGUUACCCUUUCUUAACGAGCAUGACUCAGAUAACGAGAUCCGAAUGGAAGGUAGCCCUAUUUCCUCCUCUUCUUCCCAGCUCUCUCCCAUCACACCGUACGGUUCAAACUCUCAGCCCGGUUUCAGGGGGCAGACGCCUUCCUCACGCCCUUCCAGCACGGGCUUGGAGGACAUCAGCCCAACGCCGUUACCUGACUCCGACGACGACGAGCCCAUCCCUGGGACAGCUUCUCUGAGUCAGAAUUCCCGGGGGACAUCGGAGGCCAGCAUGACUCCCAGUGAUCAGCUGGGCAGGACCUCCAAAACUGAGACCUCGGAGGCUAAAGAGAUGGUGCCUGGUGACCAGACUCCAACGUCAGAAAAAAUGGACGAGGGUCAGCAUUCCUCAGGGGAGGACAUGGAGAUCUCCGACGAUGAGACCAACCCAGCGCCCAUCACCAGCGCGGAAUGUGCCAAAACCAUUGUGGUGAACUCCUCCGUCAGCAACACGGCCGUGAUGGCCCCGUCGAUCCCCCCUCUGCCACCACCGGGAUUCCCUCCUCUUCCUCCUCCGCCUCCUCCCCAGCCAGGCUUCCCGAUGCCUCCACCGCUGCCUCCGCCACCUCCACCCACCCACCCCGCCGUCACCGUCCCCCCGCCGCCGCUCCCGGCCCCUCCCGGGGUCCCCCCGCCGCACAUCUUGCCUCCACUCCCUCCCUUCCAUCCUGGCAUGUUCCCUGUCAUGCAGGUGGAUAUGAUAAGUGUCUUGGGCAACCAGUGGGGUGGCAUGCCCAUGUCCUUCCAGAUGCAAACUCAGAUGCUGAGCCGCAUGAUGCAGGCACAGAACACGUACCAGUAUCCCCCUUUCAUGACGGGCCGGAUGCAGUUCGUGAACCUCCCUCCCUACCGCCCUUUCUCCAUGGGAGCUGCUCUUGGCCGUGGGCAGCAGUGGCCCCCACUGCCCAAGUUUGACCCCUCGGUUCCACCACCGGGGUAUGAGCCGAAGAAGGAAGAUCCCCACAAAGCCACUGUGGAUGGAGUCCUCCUGGUCAUAGUGAAGGAGCUAAAGGCUAUCAUGAAAAGGGACCUGAACCGCAAGAUGGUUGAAGUGGUGGCGUUUCGGGCAUUUGAUGACUGGUGGGACAAGAAGGAACGUCUGGCAAAGGCGUCUCUCACUCCAGUGAAGUCUGGAGGAGAAGUGGAGGAAAAACCAAAGCCGAAGGAUCGAAUCGCAUCCUGUCUUUUGGAGAACUGGAACAAAGGAGAAGGCCUGGGAUAUGAGGCAAUCGGCCUGGGCAUUGGGCUACGAGGGGCCAUCCGGCUGCCAUCCUUCAAGGUGAAAAGAAAGGAGCCACCUGAAGCUGCCUCAGCAGGAGAUCAGAAGAGAAUCCGGCCUUCUACUUCUGUCGAUGAUGAAGAUGAAGAGUCAGAGAGGGACAGGGAUGCUUCCGAUACCACAUCUGACCUGUCAAAGAAGGAUGGAGAAGCAGUGGGGCUGAGGCGGCGACCAGCAAGGCCGUUGGAGCUCGACAGUGAGGGAGAAGAGGGAGAUGAGACAUCAGGGAAGGAGGAAGAAUCCUCCUCGGAGAAGGAAGAAGAGCAGGAAGAAGAGGGAGGCUUGGUGAAAGCAGCGCCUGGCAAGGAGGAAGAGGAGGAGGAUGAGGAUGAAGAUGAUGAGGAUGAAGAUGACGAUGACGAGGAUGAAGAUGAGGAGGAGGAGACGGGCAUAGACACAAGUGACAAGGAGGAGGAGCAGGACUCUGAGGAGGAUGUAGCAAGUCCCUCAUCUUCCAAGGCUGAAGUUGAAUCAUCCGAUGAAAGUGAGGACUCCUCUGAAUUCGAGUCAAGUUCAGACUCAGAUGAUGAUGAUGAGGAUGAUGAUGAUGAUGAAGAUGAGGAGGAGGAAGAGGAGGAAGAGGUGACUGAAGAUCAAGACCGAGAAGCCAUGGUUGCUGAGACAGAGCAUGAACCUACCGGUCAUGAGAUUCCUGACGACGAGAGGGAGACUAUUUUGGAGCUGUAUCCUGUGGAUGACUACAUGGAUGCAACGGGCUUGGGACUCGCCGAGCCAGCUUUGGCAGUGAAAGAUGAAGGCCAUGAAGAAAUCAAAGCAGGGGAAAGUGAAUGUGGCCAAAUCACAGGGGCAUCUCUUGCUGCUGAAACUCUGAAACACUUGGUUAUGGAAAGAGACCAGGAGACAAAACUUGCUCUCUCUCCCAUCUGUAGGCCAGAGGAAGAAUCCGAACCCACUUCCAUGCUGGAGCCAGAGGUCCAGGAAGGUCCAAAGCCUGAAUCUCAAGAUGAGGAGGCGACGCUCUGUAUUUCCACUCCAGUGGGAGUCUUCGGAGAACCUCUGCCCAACAAAAGCAGCUUCUUUGGCAAAUCUGACGACAGCAGCUCAGAAGCUUGUGCUAAACCAAAGCUGCCCUCGGCAGCGGAGGAGGACGAGCGGCUGCCCCGCACGCCGGGACGGGAGGUGAUGAUCCACUCGGAGACUGACACUCUUUUGCUUCCAGCCCACAAGGUGCCAUCCUCCAUGCUUCCCUUGCCAUCGACUCCCGGUAAGGAGGAAUCUUUAGUCCCUCCAGAAAAGUUCCCUGAACAAUUAAUGGUGACCAAAACGUCUGUGGAAGAGGAGAUUCCGAGGACUCCUGGGCGGGACAUUUUGGCCAAGUCUUCACACCCUCUUGCAAAGUCGCAGAGCACGGACACUGUUCCAGCCACGCCAGGAAGUGAUGCUCCCCUUACAGGAAGCAGCUUGACCCUCAGUUCCCCUCAAGUCCCAGGGAGCCCCUUUUCCUACCCGUCCCAAUCUCCUGGCGUUAACAGUGGCAUUCCUCGGACUCCUGGGAGAGAUUUCAAUUUCACGCCCACUUUCCCAGAGGCUGGUGCUACCAUUCCUUGCCUUCUGUCUGGCAAGAAACAGUCAGAGGAUGAGCUGGAUGAGAAACCCUUUAAAGAGCCUCUUGGUGCUUCCCUUACGAUCAGCAUGAACAGUGUUCCUUCUCCUAUCCCCUUCGCCAGCCCCCCCCAAGCAGAUUUCCACAUGGACAUGGGUUUGCCACCUGAUGAGCCAAUACCUGUAGCAGCCCUGCCGUGCAUGCAUGGAGAUGGAAGAAUGCCCAUUGAGGAAUGCAAGGCAGAAGUAAAAUCUGGUUUGCUCUCACCAGAAGUACCCCCUGGGGCUUCUAUUCUUCCUCCCCCCCCACCACCUUCUGUUCUUCCCAAAAGGAGGCCGGGUCGGCCAAGACGGUCACCACCCUCUGUCCUCUCCUUGGAUGUGUACUCAGGCAAACCCAUAGAACCUCCUCCCGUGCCAGUGGCCUUGGUGGAAGGUCCUGUGGGCAAAGAGCUCUUGAGUGGACAUCCUGAUGCUUACUAUGGACUGAAAGACCCUGAAGCCGUCACCCUGGACUUCAGGAAUGACGGUUUCCAUGAGAAAAUAGCAGCUGAGACAGUUGCGGAGAAACUGCCAUUUAAGGAACUGGAGAACCAGUGGAAUGAAGACUUCAAGGAAGAAGAAGCUAAACCUAAAAGGCAGUGGCGAAGGCAGAAGAAAACAUCUGAGGACCUCCCGGUGAUCCCUUCCCCAGAGUAUUCCCCACCCCGGCCUCAGUUCAGGCCGCGCUCCGAGUUUGAGGAGAUGACCAUUUUGUAUGACAUUUGGAACGGGGGCAUAGACGAGGAAGAUAUCAAAUUCAUGUGUAUCACAUAUGACCGCCUGUUGCAGCAGGACAAUGGCAUGGACUGGCUCAAUGACACCCUGUGGGUAUUCCAUCCUUCUACUAGCUUUUCUACCCCCAAGAAAAAGAAGCGGGACGAUGGGAUGCGGGAGCACGUGACGGGCUGUGCACGAAGUGAAGGCUAUUACAAAAUUGAUAAGAAGGACAAACUUAAAUACCUCAACAAUAGCCGAGCUUUUGCAGAGGAGCCUCCAGCUGACACACAGGGUAUGAGCAUCCCUGCCCAACCUCAUGCUUCCACCCGGGCUGGUUCCGAGAGGCGAUCAGAGCAACGCAGGCUCCUCUCCUCCUUCACUGGUAGCUGUGACAGUGACCUGCUCAAGUUCAACCAGCUCAAGUUCCGGAAGAAAAAACUAAAAUUCUGUAAGAGCCACAUUCACGACUGGGGCCUUUUUGCUAUGGAGCCCAUUGCAGCUGAUGAGAUGGUGAUCGAAUACGUGGGUCAGAACAUCAGGCAGGUCAUUGCUGACAUGCGUGAGAAGCGCUACGAGGACGAGGGCAUUGGCAGCAGUUACAUGUUCAGGGUCGAUCACGACACCAUCAUCGACGCCACGAAAUGCGGGAACUUCGCCCGGUUCAUCAAUCACAGCUGCAACCCAAAUUGUUAUGCUAAAGUGAUCACGGUGGAGUCCCAAAAGAAGAUCGUCAUCUACUCCAAGCAGCACAUCAAUGUGAACGAGGAAAUUACCUACGACUACAAGUUUCCAAUUGAGGAUGUAAAAAUCCCAUGUCUCUGUGGCUCUGAGAACUGCAGGGGAACCCUGAACUGAUCUCAAGGUUUCUCGUCACACUUGCACCUUCGGCCAUGUCAAAACUGUGGUAACCAGGUGUGGUUGCACUUUGCCAAAAAAA